CCAUGAAGUAGUUAUUUUGGAGUGGUUUAGCCCAAGAAGAAGUGGAAGGGUGGUGGCACUUGGGUUGGUAGCGGCGAAGAACGUCGUUAAUGGAAGAAGAGAAAGAAGCAGUGAUGGUAACACCGGGAGAAGUGUUGGGUAGAACCAGCGAUGUCAAAGCUGGAAGAGGAGCAUACGCGGCGCUUCACAACAACACCGUAUACGCCUCCCUAACCGGCUUCCGCCACACCGUACCUCCCGCCCCCGACUCUUCCGACCUGAGACCGACUGUUGAAGUAACUGGUCACAAGGCCCAUGGACCUGUUCCACAGCCUGGAUCUGUAGUCAUUGCUCGGGUCACCAAAGUGAUGGCUCGGUCCGCUUCAGCUGAUAUUAUGUGUGUUGGACCAAAGUCUGUUCGAGAAAAAUUUACUGGCAUCAUUAGGCAGCAAGAUGUUAGAGCGACUGAGAUUGAUAAAGUAGACAUGCACUUGUCUUUUCAUCCUGGUGACAUUGUUAGAGCCCUUGUGCUUUCUCUUGGAGAUGCACGGGCGUACUUUCUGUCUACUGCAAAGAAUGAACUUGGUGUUGUUUCUGCAGAAAGCAUUGCUGGUGCAACUAUGGUUCCAGUAAGUUGGACAGAGAUGCAGUGCCCGUUAACUGGUCAAAUUGAGCAAAGAAAGGUUGCAAAGGCUGCAAGCUGACUAGAAUACUUCAUCGAGCUGGAAUCUGUUCUGUUUUGUAGAAAUAGACUAACAUGCGUUGUUGUUAGGGUGAGAAAUUAUAGCCAGUUUGUAUUUUACAUUGCAAGUUGGCCUACUUAUAAAGUAUCACAAACCUGGGAUUUCAAUUCACUCGUGCUAUGAGCAGGAUUUUAUUUACUUUUCAUUGUAUUUUUUCAAUUUAAGGCUAUUGAUUACUGUCAUUUUAAGACAUGGUUCAAUUUUCAACUUUGAAUGGAACUAGUAGUUAAAAAAUAGUUUAAA